GGAGGGAGGACAGGCCGUCUUGCAGGCUGAAAGCAACAAGCACUCUGGACAGAGCAGCGCUGCAGGCAGAGACCCAGGGAGCUAAAGGCAGCUCCUGGCGGGCUGCAGGGAUCUGCACGCUGAGGCCCUGAGACAAGGGCAAAGAGGGAGCUGGGGCUGCGGGGAAGUGGCCCAGGGAGAUCUACAGAGGAGUCGGAAUGGAUGCAGCAAAUGCCAGCCAUCUACAGGGUCCCUGGGCCGGGACCCGGAGUAGUGGGUGGGCCCGGGUCCCCCCUGACCCCACUCACCCUUGAGGAAGUGACUGGACUGAGGGACUGCGAUACUGUCUCCUGGAAGGGGGAAGCACAGAGUGUGACACAGCUGGAGGGCUGGGUCAUGGAGAGGACACACUGGUCCUUGGAGCGACAUGGGUCCAGGAGCAGAAGUGCUGGUGGCAAGACAUCACCAGAAGAAGGCACACUGGCAAACAGAGCGAAUCCCCUGGACAGCCAGCAGGAGGCGCCACAGUGGUGAGUCGAACCCCAUCACAGAUGGUGAAGAAUGCGGGCAUUCAGUCACCCCUGAGGGAAGGGGACUGAGUGGGAGACUCAGAGACGGUCUGAGGCUACCCUGAUACAAGGGGAAUUUGAAAGACUGUUUGAGAGACAGUAAGCGUGUAGAGACAAUGGAGCCGCAAUAUGCAGAAAUAUGUUUUGCUGAGGGCUUAUAUACCCUCCUGGACUGGACUCCAAAGUCGGGACCUGUGCAAAAAGGGGGCUGACGAGCAGCAAGGGCAGCUUCGGCUCCUGCUGCUGCAGGUACUCAGGACCCAACAGAGACAGUGGGAGGCACAGGAGUGCUUGUGGACCUAUAUGUCUCAGCUGAGCUCUGACAAAGGGGGACAUGAUGAUUCCUUCGAGGGCAGUUUGCUGAGGGACACAAUGAAAAAAAUUCAAGGGUGCUGUUGGCAUCCCUGGAGCAGCUGCAGACGGUGAUGCCCCACCCCUAAGCCUGAGAAAGAAGCCCUGAUUGGCACCAUCACAUCAGUAUGCAGGCUUGGGCCAAUGAGCAGCGGCUGCAGAGCUUUCGGAUCUGCCCAGUUAUGUUCCUGGACUGGGCAGAGCUCUCGCUCCAGCCCUCCUGCACAGGGACCCCGGAGCGGGAGCUGCCCUGACAGUGGAGACACAAAUGGCGAUCGCACUGUGGAAACUCACAUGGCCAGAUUGCUGCUGGUCUGUGGGAAAUCAUUUGGGUGUUGGAAAAUCUACCAUGGGGCUUUUAUUAGUUGUCUCCUGCUCCACAGAACUGUGACCCAGAAAUGCCCAGGAAAGGCUACAGAGGCAGAAGCAGCUGCCCCAAUGGCCGAGGUUUUUCUCAUGUCUGUGGCCCUGAGUCUCCCAUAAUCUUCACUCACAUGUUAGAGAGCUCUGAUCAGUCAUUCAUAGCAACCUACACAUGCGUCCAGGCAUCCAUCACCUAGCUCUUGCCCCAGAGAGGACCUUACCCUAGUGGGUAGCUGUACACAUGGGUGGGGAAACUGAGUCACCUCUAGUGUUCCUGAAACUAUAUUUUCUCCACCACCAUUCUCCGCAAAUGGAUGGACUAGAAAAGACAGAUCGGGAGGAGGGACUGCUGUUCUUCCUGUAAGCUUUUCCUGUGCAGCAUGUACUUGGCCUGCAGAACUCCCUGCCACUGCACGGCAAUGAGGCCAGAUUCAAAGCAGGAUGGGAUAUUUCUAGGGCUAACCAGAAUGCUACGGGGAAAAAAAACAUUAGGUGGGAUAUAGAAUCUGGGCAUCAGCUGAUCACUGCUAGUUAGAAUGCUGAUUAUCAAAUUAAGACGGUUUUAUUGUGAAUGAAAGUAGCAACUGUUAUACACUCAGCAAGUCUACACCAGAGAUUUGUACCUCUAUUGCCCAGGGCCGGCUCUAGCCAUUUCACCGCCUCAAGCACAGCGACACGCCGCAGGGGGUGCUCUGCCGCUCGCCGGUCCCGUGAGUCCGGCGGACCCUCCGCAGGCACGCCUGGCGUGCUGGGGCCUGGAGCCAGCCCUGCUAUUGCCUAUUUACUCCAGGUAUAAAGCAGAGGCAACAGCAUCCCCAGAUCAGCUUAGUUCUUGUCAGUCAAAUCGGCUGGAUCAACUUGAGACGAGCCUUGGAACUUGAAAUCAACUAUGGCCGCCCCGAUCCAUGAAAUGUGGCCAAGGAACAAAGCAACCAAGACUGGCCCCGGGGACUUAGCGACACCAGUGAAGACGGAGGCUCUGACCCUGGACCCAGACACUGCCCAUCCUCUGCUGGAGAUCCCAGCGGAUGGGAAGGAGGUGAGAUGUGGGAGUUUUAAGAAGACCGUCAGCUCCGACCCAAGGCGAUUUGACACAGCCAACUGUGUAGUGACCCAUCAGAGCUUCAGCGCGGGGCAGCACUACUGGGAGGUGUUCGUGGGCCGGAAGCCGCGCUGGAACCUGGGUGUCAUCUCGGAGCGAGCGGAGAGACGGGGCAGAUUGAUCCAGAUGAAAUCCUUAUGGCCGGGGUCUGGUGAGGUCUGCACUGAGGGCUACUGGCUCAUCGGCUAUGACCAACGGAAGGCCGAGAAGCCGUACUGGGCGUUUGACACCAACCCGAUGGCCUUUGACUGCAGCCCCCACCCUGAGACCAUCGGGGUCUAUCUUGAUUACACAGACAGGGAAGUGACCUUCUACAACGCCGAUGACCCCAGUAAUUUGAUCCCCCUGUACUCCUUCUAUCAUGCUGCCUUCAAUGACACCCGUGUCUACCCCGUCUUCGACCCCUGCUGGCACGACAAUGGGAGCAACACCCAGCCCCUUAAAAUCCUGUGAGCGGCUGAUUCGCUAGUGGGGGUGGGGACCAAAGCGGUCCCAGCCUUGGGGCUACCAGCUUAUACCUCUGGCUAGCCAGCUUCACAGCACUGCUCUGAGAGCCGCACUAACCUCACCCAGCGACCAGGGAAAGCCGGCACGUUUAGCUCAGGCCUGGUCUACACGGGGGGGCGGGGGGUGUCGAUGUAAGAUACGCAACUUCAGCUACAGGAAUAGUGUAGCUGAAGUCAAUGUAUCUUAUUUCGACUUCCCUCCCGUCCUCACGGUGCGAGAUUGACGGCUGCAGCUCCCCCAUCGACUCCACUUCUGCUGCUCUCCCUGGUGGAGUUCUGGAGUCAAGGGGAGCACGUUCGAGGAUCGAUAUAUCGCAUCUAGAUGAGAUGCGAUAUAUCGAUCCCCGACAGAUUGAUCGCUACCUGCCAAUCGGGCGGGUACCCCAGACAGGCUGGGGGGUUAGGAAGGGGCAGUGAAAAAGCAGCGAGCUGAGACCAUGUGAUACUUGCUCAGUAAAGUAUAUUCACCCCCCUACCCAGAGCUAUUGGAGGAGUUUUCCCUUCAGCAACACCUCUCCCACCCCCUGGCCAAGGUCCUUCCUCCAAUGCAUUUGUCUUGAGUAGGGUAAAAAGUGUUUCUUACUAUCACAGUAUCUAGGUUACCACUUCCAGAGCCAGGGAAGGACCCCAGAGUCUUGGCUCCCAGCCUGCCCCCCUCAACCACUAGACCCCACUCCCCUCCCACACUGGGGAGAGAACCCAAGAGUGGAAUCCAGAUUGCACCGGGCAUCGUCAUUCUCCCCUGUGCAGAGUUCCCAUAACACUCCCAGCCAGAGCAUGAAUGAAGGGACGAGCUCGUGGGGAGGGGUGAAUUCUGCUCUCACACACACCGAUGCACAUCAGGAGUUACCCGUCAGGGGCCUCGGGGCUGAGUCCCCACGUUCUCCCCAGUGAAAAUGAGGAAUGACUGCUGGAGUCACUGCAGGCAAAGCCAGUGUCAGAGCGAGGACAGGGAGAUUCAGAGUUGACACUGGAUUUGGUUUACACCAAUCCAGAAUGCGCUCGCUCCUGUAUCCCUUUAUACCGCUGUCUGCAAACUGCUGUUGGCUACUGAGCUCCAGCACAGGGCUUGUGCUUCUCUGAUCAUUUUAUUUUACUUUGCUCAAUAAAGAAAAAUAUUUGCCAUAA